CCCCUCUCCUCUCUCUGUUUCGCAGUAGAAAAAUUGUUGGAAAACACGAACAAAUUCAUUCCUUAUAAAAUCCUAAAUUCUCUCGCAAAUUUCUCUCCAUCUCUCUUUCUGAACUUUUUCUUCUUCUUCCUUGGAGAGAAAAUAGGUGAUCCAAUCAAGCCGAGGAGAAAUGGGAGCUUGUGCGACUAAGCCGAAGGUUGACGCCGGCAAGGCUCCGGCACCUGAGCCGGAGAACAAGGAUGUUGAUGCUGUAGUCGCUGUUCAACCGGAGAAGAACGUUGAGGUUCCGGUGGUGGAAGUUGCCGGAGAGGGAAACCAAAGCGAUAAAGGCAAGGAAGUUGUUGUUGAUGACGACGACAAUAAGGCGGAUGAUCAGAGAGUUAAAACCCGCUCACUUAGCAACUUGUUUAAAGAGAAAGAAGGGAGUGAAUCAAAUGAAUGUGAGAAGCCAGCAGGGGAAAUAAAGGCACCUCAAACUGAACUAGAAACUGAAAAGUGUAUAGAAGAGCCCCAAACAGAGGUGCCUCAAACGGUUGUCGAGACCGAAAAACAUAUCGACGAAGCGGAGACGAAGGUGCCUCAAACUGUAGUAGAGCCUGAAAAACAUACAGAUAAAGCCGAACCAAAUGCGCCUGAAACCGAGUCAGAAAGGAUACAGAUCGCUGAUGUUGUUCCCACAACUUCUGAGACCCUUCCUGAGGAGAAAGUAAUCUUGCCUUCACCACCUGAUGAAACUGAAGUAGUGACAUUAGUUGAAGCAACACCAGCAGCAGAUGAGACCAAAGCAUCUGAGAAGAAAAAAGAAGAUAUCAUUGAUGUCGAGAAGACCGAGAUGGAGACACCGAAAGAAACCGACUCGAAGCCCGCUGCUCCAACGGAAACCAGUACCGAGCCAGCACAACAAAACGAUGAAGUAGUGAAGGUAAUUGGUGAGGAGAAAAUAACAAGCUGAUGAAAAGUGAAGUAUUGAAAGUAUAAGAAGACGCCUUUGUUGUUGGCUGUUUAAAUUUAUGAUGUGGGAGAAACUUUGCCCAAAGAAGACGUGGCUGCAAUCUGCCAUGAUGAUCAAGGUUAGAUUGUUGUGUUUGGAGGCUUUGUUUCUAUUGUUUUGUUGUAUAUCAUUUGUUGGUUUUUCGUUGAGUUGCUCAUCCUCUUUCCUUUGCUUUGCAUGUAGACAUACGAGUUUGUAAGAUUAAUAUGAACAUAGAAUGCCCUCUUUUAAAUGUGAAAUUUACAAUUCUUCAUGAUUUUGA